ACAAAAACCACAGCUGAUCACUUUGCGGGAGCAUAUCACAAAUGUCACAAGAGCUUGCCGUCUCGCGUUUCACGUGCUCAAAGGUGAAUGGUUUAAAGUCAAGCCGAGGCCUAUCGUCAUUCUCACAGUUUAAUCAUUGCGAUCCGCUUUUGGAUAUCAAUCGAACUUUUUUUGCUGAUAGGAUAGAAUCCUGGAGGUAAUGAAAUAGACAUAAAUGGUGAAUUCAGUCCUGUGUCAACAUUGUGGUGAGCGGCACAUCGCGCUGGCGUGAUGGGGGCUGUGCUUGGGAAGAGGAAAAGGAAGAAGGAAGCGGACAGAACACGUUCAUUGCAGACUUCCGUGAAGCCGUUGGAGAAGCACUGUGAAGAUGUCGGAGUGAUUUGCAGUUUACCGUUGAAGGAGCCGGAAACCCCUGAACAGGCAGUGAUGGACCAGUGCUGGAAAGAGAUAGAAGCGCAGUGCGAGGACCACGUCAGCAUAAUCUACCCAACCAGCGGUCUGAAUUCCUCGGGCUGGAGAGCCGUGCGCCUCUUCGUCUCGUCAACAUUCCAGGACUUCUACAACGAACGAGAGGUCCUCGUGAAGAAAGUUUUUCCAGAGCUGCGUGAGUGGUGCGAAUCCCUCCGUCUCCACCUGGUGGAAUGCGACCUGCGAUGGGGCGUGCCCAAGAACCCCACCACCCGCACCGUGGUAACCACCUGCAUGGAGGAGAUCGUACGUUGCCACGCCGACGCCGACGGAGAAGGGUUCUUCCUCAACAUGCUGGGGAACAGAUAUGGAUGGAUACCACCCAAAGAGGAAGUCCCAAAUGACAUCGCGGAGGAAUAUAAAUGGGUGCAUUCCACCUCCAUCACUCACAUGGAGAUCCUCUUGGGGGCGUAUCGCUCACGCAACCCAAACGCUGCUUUCUUUGUGCGAGACAGCUCUGGCUUUACAGAAAUGAUCCCCCUGGAAAACCAGAAACAGUUUGUGGAGCCGACGGAGGUGGGGAAGCUUCAGCUCAAGGAGUUGAAAUCCAGGCUUCAGCAGCGCUUUCCUGGCCAGGUUUUUCCCUAUUCUUGUGAACUAGAUGAUGACACGCAGGACUCAAAGGUUAAGCUCAAAGGCCUGGAUGAGUUUGGGAGGCAAGUUCUGGAGUUUUUUAAGAAGGCCAUCGAGAAGAAGUUUCCUCCAAGUGACAGCGUUGCUCCUACUCCGGAGAAGCUAGAGCAAGAACAACACGACAUUUACAUGGAGCAAAAGGGCAAGCUGGUGUUUGGCCGGGACGGCGAAAUCGGCAGGAUGAUGGACUUGGCGAGAGGCGUCCCCGGGGAUGCCGAGACCGAGGCGGGGGAAGAGCGCCACCACAUGGUGGUGGUAGCAGAUCCCGGAGAGGGCAAGUCCAGCCUCAUGGCGCGCUUUGUGAUGGAAGCGAAGAAGGCCGGUUUUGCAGUCUUCUACCACUUUGUUGGCUGCACGGCUGAAUCCAACUUGCCUUCCAGCAUCCUGAAAAGGCUGGUUGACAAACUGGAAGAGCUGUACCCAGACGUGUGUGCAUACACCCCUGAGAAAGAGGAGGACGCCUCGAAGGCCAAGAAGACGGUCGAUGAGGUGAAUGCCCUCAAGAUGGCAGCUUACCUCAAGACUCUUGAAGAAGCCGGCACCCAGUUCCUCAUUGUUGUCGAUGCUGUCAACCAGAUGAUGAAGGAAGACAAUCGCUAUGGCUGGCUCCCCUCGACGUUAGCCGGUAACCUGCGGUGCGUGGUGAGCACCACCAGGGAAGACCGCACCCUGGAGGAGCUGCGACAGCGCUGCCCGGAUGCCACCGAGCUGACCCUGACUGCCCUAGGGGUCACGGCUAGGAAGGAGAUCGUCACCAACUACUUCAAGAGAUACAACAAGACAUUGGAUUCAGAGCAGCUUGACCUCCUCACGGGCUCGGAGGGGGCCAGGAACGCCCUGUGGCUGUCGCUGAGCUGCGAGGAACUCCGCGUCUUCGGCGUCUUUGAGCAGGUGACAGACCGGAUCCGGGAGUUGCCCGACUCGCUGGAAGGCCUCAUUGAGAUCAUCUUGGCCCGGCUGGUGAGCGACGACGAAACUGGAAUGGUUCAGAAGAUGCUGCACUACCUCCAGUGCGUUCCCGAAGGCCUCAAAGAAACGGAGCUUCAAGCCCUUCUGGGAGACAUCGACGGUGAAGCAUGCACGCCCGCACCGGCGCUACACUGGGCCAUGGCUCGACGCACUCUCAAGCCAUUUUUGAGGAACUCCGGGGCCUACGGUCAAGUGGAACGACUGCAGUUCUUCCACUUGGCCCUGAACAAGGCUGUCCAGAAACGCCUGUCGGAAGAUUACGACCUGAAGAAAAAGUGCCACCGGGAGCUGGCCGACUACUACCAAUAUCACUGUCACGACGAGGCAGCAGUGAUCAGUCAGCUGGCUCGUCAGCUCACCCAGGCCAGGGAAGGCCAGCGAUUGGUCGGUUUCUUUCGCACGGACAAGCGCAGCACCCACGUCAACAAGAUCGAGAGAUCAAGACUGCUCAAGGAGUUCCGCUGCACUAACAUGACCAAGUCGGACUUCCCGGGAUGCACCAAGUUUGGUUUCUGCCAGUUCUGCAAGAACGCCCGGAGCAAGCUGGAUCCCAACUCUUACUUUCAGAACAAGGACUGCUGUGCCAUAUGCGGAGAAAGGAUAGCAUUCCCAGGCCCCAAAACUGCCAAAGCCUACUGGUGUCCCUUCCACAAACCAUCGUUUCCUGCCUUUGGUGCCAAGUACAACUGCUAUGCCUGUCAGAAGUCCAUCAACCAGCGCGACACGCCGCCCCUGGCCUACCUCUGCCAGUUCUGUGACCCUGGCCACAUUGAACGCUGCUGUAAACUGGUUCCUUGAGGAGCAUUGCUCCCUGAAAUCACCGAAAGAUAGCGCAGCUUUGAUAAGACACUAAGCAUGUGCUACUGGAAAGUGGGGGACAUCAUCAGCAUCCAUUCUCCUGAGCUGGUCUUAAAGGAGCCGGUCUUGUACAGAAGUUCAAAACUGUCCUAGCACAUGUUUAUUCCCAUUUAUAAAUACCUUUUGAGUCACAAAAUCAGACCAAGUUUUGCAAAAUUAUAAAUUUCCAGCAAUGUUGUUCAAAAUGUUUUACUUUCACCCCUUUAGUUAAUUAAGGUUAAAGAUCUCACAAGUGAAUUACACACUGACGUUUAUUUUGAGCAAUAUCUUCUUGCCUUGGUGCAAAAAUUAGUGGACCAUCAAAUUAUGCCGCUUUUUUAUAAUAUCUUUUUAAUUUCCUCAUUCUUGAGGGCGCUUUUUUGUGAUGUCACUUCAGGCAUUCCGUGGAUAUGCAAUCUCAUGGCACCUUCCCUCUUCUGCAGGUACACGCACACACUUCUGAAAUUCCUUAGGCCUUAGAUUUACAAGACAAGUUUCGUUGAUGGACAUGGAUUCUUUGAUAUUUUUUUUGUAUUACCAAGUACAAUUUCAGGUUAUCUGGACCACAUUCCUUUCAGGUUAUAAAAACUUGCCUUUUGACCAAAAUUUUGAAAUUGAAAACAGUUAAAGUUUUUAUUGCAAUUUUGUAGUUUUAUAUAUUAGUCUAUAAAUUUAGACAAAGUUGUGAGGCGUAUAUUUUUAUGUCGUUGAAUAUGUCUUUAGCUUUAAUAGGAAUCAUAUAUUUUUCAAGAUGCAUAUUCAUGUAUAACACUACAUUUUUAGUGCGUCAGGUAUAUUUUGUGAAAUUAUAUUACAUUAAUUAUACAUGUAUGUACUUAUUAUAUUUGAUCAAAUUUAGAGAGAAUUCGGGGAUCAUGUGUAUUUGUAUGUGCUAAUGUUUUAGAAUGUCUGUAUUUCUUGGAUGCCAGUAGAGUGCAUUAGAACGCAAUAUGAAUCAAAUCAACCGAAAUAAGAAUUAUGCCGUUGUCAGACACAGUGACAAGAUACUUGUUUAAUAAAAUUGAAUUGUGGAAUUGUUUUGAAGAAAAAA